GGCUGAUUAUGUUUCAGUAACAAAUCGUGAGUUUAACUUUUACCAUAGAUACAUACAACAUUUUGCCAUAGGAUAAUAGUGGAUUUUCUAUCGCAACUAGUGAAGCAAGGAUGGGAAAUUUUGCUGCGCAUGUAGAUGAAGGUAUCGUUUUUGUUGUGCUGGCACUUUGGUGGAUGUAUAACAUAUAUAAAAAUUAUAUCCAGUCCUUAGAGGGAAAAAGGCCGUACCAAUCUCAUGUCUCAUAUUACACCAUGUUGAAAGGAAGGCGUCUUCCACUAGAACUUGUGCUCAAAAAUAUGUUCCCAAUUGCAGGUUUACUUAUUGAAGUACUUAGCUCCGACAGUUUUGUGGACAAAAAUGGCAAUUUCAGGAAUAUCGGCAAAUUCUACCACAUCAGUAUCUAUGCUCUCUUUAUAUUACAUGGUGUGACUGAUUUUCUACAGUACAAUAGAUUUCAAAGUAUAAAAGGGAUGAAGUACUUCACACUUUCACUUGCUUUCUUUUGGUAUGGAGUGGCAUUUUAUUUGCACAGUAAGCCUGAGAUGGGUUAUCCGCCAUUAGACAACACCCUUCACAGAUUUCUGUCACCGCCUUUGCUAAUAUCUGGCGUGUCAGCUAUGUUUGAAUACGGAUUCAGGACGAGCAUAGUACCACAUAUAGUAAGGUGUUUUUGUGUUUUGUGUGCGGGAGAAUGGAUCAUUCUUACAUCCUUUGUCUUGUAUCUACCUACACCAUUCCCAGGUCGGCGAAGAAAUCCUCUUUGGGACCAGGAUGAAAUAUCCAACGUGCACUUCAUGGAAGCUGCAUUUGGCUUUAUGCUUGUUGCCAAUACAGCACUCAUGAUCAUAUCUUACACACUGAUGGCGCUGUACAUGAAAUAUGCGAGCGGGUUUUCCAAGAAAAGAGAAAUGUUAAAGUACAGUUAUACCCCACUGGCAGACAUAGAGAAUUAGAUGCGGUGAUGUGUUUGCAAGUGUUUACCUAUUACAAAUGUAGCAGACUUAGAGAUGAAUGAAACUUGAAUUGAAUUCUUUGAUGUGCAUGUACAGUUAUACCCAACUGACACACUUUGAAAUGAAUGAAUCUUGAAUUAAAUUCUUUGAUGUGCAUGUACAGUUAUACCCAACUGGCAUACUUAGAGAUGAAUGAAUCUUGAAUGAAAUUCUUUGAUGUGCUUGUAAAGUUGUACCCAACAGACAGACUUAGAGAUGAAUGUAUCUUGAAUUAAAUUCUUUGAUGUGCGUGUACAGUUAUACCAUGCAACUGGCAGACUUUGAAAUGAAUGAAUCUUGAAUUGACUUAAAUGGUGUGCUCGGCAGUUGUAUCCCAAUGGCAGAUAUGGAUUAAUCUAAGUUCAGUGAUGUGCUUGAACAGUUAUAAAUACAUUGAUUUACUAAAAUAUGAAUGAAUCUCGAAUUAAAUUCAAUGAUGUGCUCGUACAGUUAUACCUCAUUUGAAGACUUAGAGGUGACUGAAUCUUGCUGUGCUUGAAGUUAAACAGUCAAACUCCCUGGCUUUCUUAGAGAUGAUAUUGACCGUUGAAUGGAAUUCAGUGAUGUUCUUAUACAGUUAUACCUCACUGGCAGACUUACAGAUGAAUGAAUUUUGUAUCAAAUUCAGUGAUGUGCUUGACGGAAGGUCUGAAUAGCAUUGAUAAGUCUUUAUUAAGGGCAUUAGUACCAUAUGCAUUUUAGUAACGUUUUUCGGUUGAAAUACAUGUUGUUAUACUUUCUCUCAAUGUAAACAUUUGUGACCAUAACUGCAGCUGUAUAGUU